AUAAGCGAGCUAGGAGUGACGGCAGGUCGCUUGUCGUCACGAGCUGCCUGCUUGGCCCCAACACAUCCUGGCACCACUGAGGCAGCGGCGAGAAAGAGCAAAUGUGGCAACAAUGGCUGGGAACGGGAAGCGAAAGAUAAGGAGAGGUUUUCCUCCGAGUAAACAGUAACCAGUGCCGCAGCACGGUGGCUCUCAUUCCUGUGUGCUUUGGGGAGGACGGCGUGCGGUGCGGGCGGAGGGAGUGGCGGGAACAUCAGCUCGGGGCUUAGGAGGGCUUCACGACUCACGCUGCGCCACACCGACACACUCCACAGUUUGUCUCACACGGCGAUGGUCGACGCUGCGCCGCUUGUCCUCUGGGCUCUGCUGACCGACAGCAACCUGACCAUAUGCAGAGGUGGAGGAGGUGCGGGAGCUUCGAGUGAUGACGCCCUGGGCGUUGCAGCAGGAGAGGGCGAGGCGGAGACCACCGGAGGCAGAAAAGCGCGGCUGCUGUCGGUGAAGAUGUGGCCGCACUGGUCCACGCGGGAGGUUCAAGCCGCGCUGCUACAGGCGGCAGGUAUGGCGCACUCCAAGUGGAUAUCCUGCAGUGUCGUGAGACUGCGGGACGCGCGGGGCUCCCUAGUGCCCCUCACGCCCACCACCCUCAGGUCGUCACCCACGCGGCCGCUGCACAUGGAAAUAAUGGCCACAGGCCGAGGCGCCGACCUACCGCUGCUGCCCAACGCCUUCAGGGAGACUGUCCUGACCAUCACGCAGAGACUCGAGGCCAGAGUGGCGGCGGUGGAGGCAGGACUGGUGGGGCUGGAGGGUCGCCGCGCAGCCCUGGUAGAGGAGGAGCUGCAACAAAUCCAGGACACACUUGACUUCAUGUCCCACCGUCUGGAGCUCACCCAACCCCCAGCCUGGGUCAAGAGCGCCUAGACGUGAGGUGGGCGCCCUUGCCACGCUCCCCACCAACACCCACAAUGCCUUCAUCGGACACUGUAUAGGCAAGAAGAGUGUCCCAGCCUUUGUAAACUCGCAAUUAUGACCUGUUUACUCUGAA